GCAUGGCAGACAUCCAGGCCUCCCACUCGCCCAGUCCUGAACACCGAGGCACCGUGGACGAGUCGCUUUGGGAGGCAGAUCCGGAAGAGCUGGGGCAAUACAGGUUGCUCUAUGAUUGCCUGGACCAAUCGGAUUUGCCCACAGCCGAAGCAGAGGUUCUGCAGCGCAGUGGCCUCAGCUCCAAUGAGCUCGCUCAGAUUUGGCAGCUCUCCGAUGUCGACUUCGACGGGCAGCUGGCGCUUUGCGAGUUUGCUUGCGCCAUGAUCCUAACCAGCAGGCGCCGAGGGGGCGCCCCUCUGCCUGAGGAGCUGCCAGCGCCCUUGGCACGGCUGGUCGCAGGCGCUGUGGAGUUACCGAUGGAAGACGAGUCCAAGUGGGCUAUUACUCCUGAGGAGUUGGAGAGGUAUCGCCAGGUCUUCGACUCGGAGCGGACCGGGCCCAGCUUCAGCAAAGUUGAAGCCAGGGAGGUGCUCAAGCGGUCUAACCUGCCGCUCCAAGACUUGCAGCAGAUCCUUCGUCUUUCAGAUGUGGACGAGGACGAACGGCUGUACUUCGGGGAGUUUGCCUGCGCCCUUCAUCUAGCAGCCUUGCGCCGUGAGGCAGAGCCAUUGCCGCCACAGCUUCCUGGGCCGCUUCGCGAAAUUGCUCAAGACGGGCGCUUGGCUGGCGCAGAGCCUGAGCUGGAGCUCUUCGCGGAACUUUUUCAGCAGUUGAGGCGACCAGGGCAAGAGUGCCUUGGCCCCGCUGAGGUGAACGAG